AAGACUUUUGUUGACAUGAAAUUAAGGAUGUCGGACGCAGAGACGACAAAAGACUUCGAACUGCUUUUAAAUAAAACGGGUGGAGCAAGUCCUAGUAGACCAGAACUCGAACAAUUCGUCAAGGACCAUUUUGAGCCGGUUGCUAGCGAGUUCGAAAAGUGGAAUCCACCUGACUGGAAGCCUUCGCCGGUUUUUCUGAAGAAGAUAAAGGAUCCGCGACUGUGGGAAUUCGCCAAGAAACUGAAUGGAAUCUGGAAAUUUCUUGGACGACGCAUAACUGAUUUGGUGCGCGAGAAUCAGGAGCUGUACUCCAUCAUUUAUAUGCCUUACGGUGUGAUAAUUCCCGGAGGCCGCUUCCGAGAAAUAUAUUAUUGGGACUCAUACUGGAUUAUCCGUGGACUGCUCAAGUGUGAAAUGUAUUAUACAGCUAGGGGCAUCCUGGCCAACUUCCUGCUGAUGGUUCGUCAGUUUGGACUCGUGCCUAAUGGCGGUCGUAUCUAUUAUACCGGGCGCUCGCAGCCACCAUUAUUGCUGCCAAUGGUGAAAAGCUAUAUGGAUGCUACCAACGACAUUGACUUUCUCCGUGAACACCUAGAUACACUUGAGAAGGAAUAUUCAUUUUGGAUUGGGAACCGCACUGUAACUGUCACCAAAGGAGGCAAGAAAUACCGUAUGGCGAGGUACUUUGAUGAUACCCCUGGCCCACGCCCUGAAUCUUACCGUGAAGAUAUCCACUCAGGACAGACCUUUCACACUGAACAAGAAAAAAUGUCAUUUUAUUCAGAGAUCAAGGCAGCAGCUGAAUCUGGUCUUGAUUUUACUAGCCGUUGGUUUAUCAAGCAAGGUGCCAACAAAGGUGUGCUGACGGAUACAAAGACACGCUAUAUAAUUCCUGUUGACUUGAAUGCCAUAAUGUAUUGGAAUUCAUUCAUACUUUCACGAUUCAGCAAGGAAAUGGGAUUGAUUAAGAAAGCAAGUUACUACUCUAACAUGGCACGUGACUGGCUUGAAGCAGUGGACAAGGUGCUUUGGCAUGAAGAUUUAGGUAUUUGGCUUGAUUAUGAUAUCUUGAAUCAGAAGCGGCGGGAAUAUUUCUGUACCACAAAUUUGACACCACUAUGGGCUGGCUGUUUCUACAAAGAUCGUGCAGAAGAACUUGCUGAGAGGAUUGUAAAUUAUGUGGAUUCAUACAAAAUUGUUAAAUAUCCUGGAGGAAUCCCAACAACCUUAGAGCAAACGGGACAGCAAUGGGAUUUUCCUAAUGCAUGGCCCCCACAUCAAGACCUUGUCAUCUCUGCCCUUGAAGCUACAAAUGACCCAAGAGCACUGAGAAUGGCUCGGGAAUGGGCACUCCGCUGGGUUUAUAAUAACUACCGUGCCUGGGUUGACACAAAAGUAAUGCACGAGAAAUAUGAUGUGACUGUAUUUGGAGCUCCUGGUUCAGGUGGAGAAUAUGAAAGCCAAAUGGGAUUUGGGUGGACUAAUGGCCUUGUAAUUGAUCUUAUGGACCGUUAUUCGGAUCAGCUCGUUGGUGAUGAAGAACCUGAUGACAAAAUGGCAACCCGCGUAGAACUGUGUAACACAUGCAAGGUUUUGGUUGCUAUAUUUUCUUUAUGGUGUUUCUACAAAACUCUCUAA